AUGGGGGAUCAGCUCGAGGCUCGUAUAGAAGCUAUCGGAACGCUUCAAGGGCAUGACGAUCGAGUCUGGCAUAUUGCAUGGAAUCCGACAAAGCCCAUUCUAGCUUCAUGUUCGGCAGACAAGACUGUGCGGCUUUACACAUAUCGCACAAAUCUGAUAUCGGGAGACUCAGAAGCGACCGCAAACUUGCCGUCCUUGACCUUCUCUCAUUACACUACGAUCCCCACUGGCCAUUCUAAGACUGUUCGUGCGAUUGCGUGGUCGCCCUCAGGAAAGACUCUGGCUACAGCGUCAUUUGAUUCCAAUAUUGGAAUUUGGGAACAGGAGUCUGGUGAAGAUGAUGAGCCUGGGGGCGGAGCCUUGACAGGUUCAGAAUGGGAGUGCAUGAGUUUAUUGGAGGGGCAUGAGACUGAGUGCAAGAGCGUCGCAUACUCUAGCUCGGGUAACCUGCUCGCCAGCUGUAGCAGAGAUAAAACGGUGUGGGUCUGGGAAGUCCACCCUGAUUCCGAUUUUGAGUGCAUGGGGGUCCUCAUGGAGCAUACUCAAGACGUGAAAUGUGUUGCUUGGCAUCCUAAAGAAGAGAUUCUUGCCUCUGCCUCUUAUGAUGAUACAAUCAAAUUGUAUAUUGAUGAUCCCUCGGACGACUGGUACUGCUUCCUGACACUCACGGAUCAUACAUCCACAGUUUGGACUCUUGCUUUCUCACCGGACGGUCGAUACCUUGCGUCGGGCUCAGAUGACAAGACCGUGCGGGUAUGGGAGCGGGUGCAGGAGCACAAAUGGGAGUGUGCAGCAGUAAUUGAAGGGCACGAGAUGAGCGUUUACUCACUCAGCUGGGGACGCGGUAAGUCGAUGGGGCAAAACGAUUUGGGCUGGUUGGCGAGCACUGGUGGAGAUGGUACGAUCCUUGUGUGGAAGAUGAGUACCACGCCACCAAUCGAGGGUGGCGGCAAGACAGAAUUGUUGUAUUCACUCAUGGCUCGAUUUUCCUUUGCGCAUGGUGUCUCGGAUGUUAACACCGUCACUUGGUGUCCUCACGAAGGCUACGAAGACAUCCUCGCCACCGCUGGUGACGAUGGCGUCGCACGAAUAUGGAAAAUAUUUCAUUGA